AACGAGUACUAGCCAAUCAGAGGGAGAGUAGGGCGGGUCAACCGGUACAUUGAAGACAGCACCCAAAAAAACAAGUAGCCAACUCUAUCCUAUCUCAUCGACGCAGCAGCAAAUUAACAGGUGAAAGAUGGGCACCCAGAGCCAGGUUGUGGACAGGUUGCGGUCAGCAUUUCUUUCAGGUGUCACAAUACCAGAGCAGUUUCGUCAAACUCAGCUUACCAAGCUUAUGUCCAUGAUCAAAGAUAAUGAGGAACAGAUUUUAGAUGCCCUGCACAAAGACCUUGCGAAGCCCAAAUUUGAGGCCAUCAUAUCUGAGGUAGAUAUAGUGAUCAAUGAGCUGCACUAUGCCAUCACCAACUUCACAAGCUGGAUGCAGCCAGAGUAUGUCGGCAAAAACCUGGCCACAAAGCUAGAUGACUGUUUUGUACGAAGGGAACCAUUAGGAGUCGUGUUAAUCAUUGGGCCGUGGAACUAUCCCCUGCAGCUCCUUGUUUCACCUUUGGUUGCAGCCAUUGCUGCAGGAAACUGUGCAGUCAUCAAGCCUUCAGAGGUCAGUGCCGCCACAGACAGUCUGAUAGCAGAGCUCAUCCCCAAAUAUUUGUCUCAGGACUGCUUUGCAGUUGUUCGUGGUGGACCAGAGGAGACCAAGGUACUUCUGCAGAAUCGCUUUGACCACAUCUUCUACACAGGUUCUCAGACUGUGGCACGCAGCAUCCUGCAGGCAGCCUCGGUCCACUUGACUCCAGUGACCCUGGAACUGGGCGGUAAGUGUCCAUGCUUCAUAUAUGGUCAGGCUAACAUCGCAGGCGCUGCUCGCCGCUUGGUGUGGGCAAAGUUUUUUAAUGCUGGCCAGAGCUGCGUAGCGCCGGACUUUGUGCUGUGCUCACAGUCCACCCGGGAUGCUCUGCUGCCUGCACUGCGUGAGACCCUGGAGGAAUUCUACAGCAAGGCGCCCCAGAAGUGUCCUGACCUGUCCCGCAUUGUGUCACCCCGACACUGGACUCGACUGAUGGAACUGCUUGGGAGGUCCAAUGGCAAGGUUGUUCUGGGAGGGGAAAGCAACCAAGAGGACAAGUACAUAGCUCCCACAGUGGUGGUGGAUGUGGCUGAAGAUGAUGCUCUAAUGGAGGAGGAGAUUUUUGGCCCCAUCCUGCCUAUCCUCACUGUUGAGUCUCUGGAGGAAGGCAUCAGCUUCAUCAACCGCAGAGAGAAGCCACUGGCCCUCUAUGUCUUCUCUGAAGACUCUUCAGUGAUAAAGACAGUUCUAGAGAAGAGCAGCAGUGGAGGGUUCUGCUCUAAUGACGGGAUUGUCCACAUGUCCUUGCCAACUCUGCCCUUUGGAGGUGUAGGGGCCAGUGGUUGGGGCAGUUACCACGGCCGCUGGGGCUUCGAGACAUUCAGCCACCGGCGGGGCUGCAUGCUGCGUGGCUGGGCUUUGGAGAGAAUCAACAGCCUGCGGUACCCACCUUACACAGAGGAAAACCUAAACUGGCUGCGCUGGACCACCUCAGCCAAGCGCAGCUGCACGCUCAUGUGAUGAAAGGCAAGAGGUGUGUGUGUGUGUGUGUGUGUGUGUGUGUGUGAAGACAGUGAAACUUUUUAUACUGCAUAUAUGAAUUCAGAUGGAAAUGGGAUUCAUCUGUCUUUUUUAAUGUGUUGAGGGUUGUGUUUGUAUAUAUUAACAAACUGGAUGUUAUUGUGUCCCUCUUCACACUUUCAUCUCACUGAGCAGAUCUCUUUGACACUAUGUAAUAAUCGUUCUGUCACUUUUAUAUCAUGAUUUUGUAUUUACAGUGUUUUUGUAUUAUAUGCCACACUGUAUUUUCUCCUGUGGGAAAAAAUCAUUUUCUACUAUUUUCUGUAUUGUGCUCAACACAGAUUACAUACAAACCAGGUGUGUUAUAUUAUUGUUUAAACCACUGAAUUGCAUGCUUAUUUUAUCCUCUUUCACUGACAUUUUUACGUGGUGAGAAUGGUGUUACAGUUUUGUUGCUCAAUUACGUCAUUCAAUUGUCAUUGUAAAUCUUUAGUUUUGGUUAAUAGGUUUAUUUUGUCUUGGUGUCUGCAGGGAUUAAGAUGUUGACUUGUCUGUGUUUUAAUACUGUUUUCCAUGAAAUACUGUAAAUAAAUUUGAAAUUCUACUUUUAAUGUCAAA